GAAUUCAAUUGCUAUCUUUUCCACGUUUGUUCCAACGGGCGACUACUUUUUUUCCUUGUUUUAUUUGUCUCGUCCGUGAGUCCUCUCUUCCUCCCUCUCAUGGCGAUCUCUAGGGUUUGGAUCUCGGCGAUCGUCCUCGCCCUCCUCCUCUUCACCCCCGCCCUAGCGCAGGAGGAGGCGGCAGCUUCUUCCCCGGAGGCGGAAGCGGAGGCGGCACCCUCGUUCGUCCUCACUCUCGACCACUCUAACUUCUCUGAGACCGUCGCCAAGCACCCAUUCAUCCUCGUCGAGUUCUAUGCCCCAUGGUGUGGACACUGCAAGCGGCUUGCUCCCGAGUAUGAGAAGGCUGCGUCAAUCUUGAGUAAAAAUGAUCCACCAAUUGUUCUAGCUAUGGUUGAUGCAAAUGACGAUGUAAACAAGGAACUUGCAUCAAAAUAUGAGAUCAGGGGCUUCCCUACACUCAAGAUUUUAAGGAAUGGAGGUGAUGUCAUAGAAGAGUAUAAAGGUCCUCGUGAAGCUGAUGGAAUAGUUGAAUACCUGAAGAAACAAGCUGGUCCUGCAUCUUCCGUAAUUGGAUCCGUGGAGGAUGCUGGAAGCCUAAUUGUUGAUAAGAAGAUCUUCAUAGUUGGAAUAUUUCAAGAAUUCUCUGGGGAGAAAUUUGAAAAUUUUAUAAAGGUUGCUGAAAAACUACGUGCAGAUUAUGACUUUGGACAUACCUUAGAGGCAAAAUUCCUUCCUCGCGGGGAUCCAAAUGCAAAACUACCAGUUGUUAGGCUCUUCAAGCCAUUUGAUGAACUUUUUGUUGAUUUUGAGGAUUUUGAUAUUGAUGCUCUAGAGAAGUUCAUUGAAUCUGCAAGUAUGCCGAUUGUUGCUACUUUUGACAACGAUCCAAGCAAUCACCCUUUCCUGACGAAGUUCUUUAACAGCCCUAAUAGCAAAGCUUUGCUUUUCCUCAACUUCAGCAGUGAAAACUUUGAUACAUUCAAGUCUAACUUGUAUGAGAUUGCUGAGAAAUAUAAAGGGGAAAACAUAAGUUUUUUGAUUGGUGAUCUUGAAGCUAGUCAGGGCGCUUUCCAGUACUUUGGCCUGAAGGAAGACCAGGUUCCUCUUAUCAUAAUCCAAGAAAAUGAUGGCAAGAAGUAUCUUCAACCCAAUCUCAGCCCUGAUCAGAUUGCCAGUUGGGUGAAGGAGUACACAGAUGGUAACUUAAAGCCUUAUAGAAAAUCUGAGCCAAUACCAGAAGUUAACAAUGAGCCUGUUAAAAUUGUCGUGGCUGAUAAUCUGCAUGAAGUUGUUUUUAACUCUGGAAAGAAUGUUUUGCUUGAAUUUUAUGCACCAUGGUGUGGGCACUGCAAGAAAUUAGCGCCUAUUUUGGAUGAAGUAGCUAUCUCAUUUGAAAAUGAUGGAGAUGUUGUCAUUGCAAAGAUGGAUGCUACUGUGAACGACGUACCCAGUGAAUUUGAUGUUCAGGGUUACCCUACACUCUACUUUUCUUCAGCAAGCGGCAAGCUUUCACAGUAUGAAGGGGAUAGAACAGCGGAUGACAUCAUCAACUAUGUGAAAUCAAACAAGGAUACAACUAGUCAUUCUGACUCAACUGACACUGUAAAAGUUGAAACUGAAUCAACUGACUCUGUAAGAGAUGAGCUGUGAUCAAGGAAUAUAGUGUUAGCGGCAGAGGGAGAGGAAUGCAGAAAUAACAACAACGUCAGUAUCUGAAAUCUCAAAGCUAGUAGUAAUAAAGGCCUUUCGCUAGUAAGUAAUAAAGGCUUUUUGAAAAAGCCCCCGAUUCCCCUUUUGGAUUUUGUAGUGAUGACAUGGACAAUUUGUUCUAAGUUCUGGAUCUUUUCGAGUGGAAAAUCAUCUUUAUAAAGGAGAAUUCCUCUUUGCUCC